AUGGCAGCGUCCAGUAAGUUCCACCUCUCUAUUGUCAAGACGGGAAGAUCGUUAGUAACAAGCAUAGUGGCAUCCGGAAUCACUACUUCGAUCAUCCUUGAAACGAUUCUUCUCCGCCAUGGAGCCGAUAAACUCUCAUGGUCCAUGGCCGCCCGUACCGCAACUAGCAUGAGUAUGGUUUCAAUGGUAGCUAUGGAGGCUGCUGAGAACACGGUUGACUAUCAUCUCACUGGAGGGGUGGUGGCUAUAGGGGACCCACAAUUCUGGCUUGCAGCUGCGCUGUCGAUCACAGCGGGAUAUAUAGCCCCGUUGCCGUAUAACUAUCUCCGUUUGCGAAAGUAUGGGAAGGCCUGUCACUGA